GCUCCCCCCAUCGAAACCCUUAAUCAUUGAUCAACACCUCUCACUAUGGCGGCAAACGGUCUAUACAACAUCUACAGGCUAGCUAUCCCCGUCGCCACGGGUGCCAUCAUCUUCAACAACUCCAUCUACGAUGUUCGUGGUGGUUCCCGCGCUGUGAUCUUCGAUCGGUUGUCUGGUGUGCAGGAGAAGGUCGUCAAUGAAGGCACCCAUUUCCUGAUCCCCUGGUUGCAGAAAGCUAUUGUCUACGAUGUCCGCACUAAGCCUCGCAACAUAUCCACCACCACCGGAAGUAAGGACCUGCAGAUGGUCAGCUUGACACUGCGUGUCCUCCACCGUCCUGAGGUCCCGAAGCUGCCGGCCAUAUACCAGUCUUACGGUACCGAUUACGAUGAGCGUGUUCUCCCCUCCAUCGGUAAUGAAGUCCUCAAAGCCAUCGUCGCCCAGUUCGACGCCGCCGAGCUCAUCACCCAGCGUGAAGCCGUCUCGAACCGCAUCCGCACAGACCUUAUGAAGCGUGCAUCACAGUUCAACAUCGCCCUGGAAGAUGUCUCGAUCACACACAUGACCUUCGGAAAGGAAUUCACCCGCGCCGUAGAGCAGAAGCAGAUCGCCCAGCAGGAUGCCGAGCGGGCUCGCUUCAUCGUCGAGAGAGCUGAACAGGAGCGUCAGGCCAACGUUAUCCGUGCGGAGGGUGAAGCCGAGAGUGCCGAUAUCAUCAGCAAAGCUGUCGCCAAGGCUGGUAGCGGUCUCAUUGAGAUCCGUCGUAUAGACGCCAGCAAGGAAAUUGCGCAGACACUAUCGACCAACCCGAACGUGACAUAUCUCCCGGGUAAUGAUGGUAAGGAGGGUGGUAAGAGCACCAGCCUUCUACUGGGGCUGAGGAACUAAGCGUGGCUGUGGUUUCUGGGGGUCGUUAAUUUUCCGAACUAUUUUCCUUCCACUCUCGCCUGAACUGAUGUGUAUUUUUUGAACCUUCUCAUCCGGACGGGUCUCUCUGGGCAUGCAUGAAAUCCCCUGGCGAAUGAUGUUGUAUGGCUGUCUUCACUUUUUUCUUUUUUUAUUCUCCCCAUUUCGACCGACUUGUAGCAAUAGCAUAUACAAUCCUCUCUACACAUAUUCGUUACUUGCACGGGCAGCUCUGCCUCAGACAACGAUGGUAAUGGUAUCAUUCCGUGGAUCAAGGAGUUCU